GGCACAUUAUAUAAAAACAACAAGGUCUAUCACUUGUUAUUUUUUUAUGCUCGUUGUGUUUACGUAUAUUUAUGAUCUUACCAUAAAUAUACUGUAACGAUUAUUUGUCUAGGAUACGAGGCUUUUAAAACAGGAACACAUCUCAAUAUAUUAUAUAUUAGCCCACUAGCUGCAUCUCGACAUAUAUAUUAUCAAGGUUCCUCCUUGUAUAAGUAAGCAUCUUAAGUUCGAUAAAGUAAGAUAAAGCAAGGGGCAAAAAGAGUGUGUGUGUGUGUGUUUAAUGUUUAUAUGCUGAAGAUGGAAUAUACUGGUCAUGAUUUCUUGGAGGAGUUGCUAAGUUUCAGAAAUGAGCCAUGGGAAUCAUGCACCAAUUUCAUUCCAACAGGAGCUGAUCAUGGUAUCUAUAAUGGAUAUGGAUACUCCAAUGUUGCUAGCUUCCCUGAGAACCCUUUGCCAAACAUUCCUCAGACUCCUUGUUUCGAUGAGUUAUCAGCUUAUACUGUGCCAUUCGAUGAGUACCAGCAAACCCUCAACUCUGCAGCACUUUUUAGUGAGAUUUCUGGUCCAUUUGGAGAUGAACACACUGAUUCUUCUAACAACAUGUUUGAUACACCUCCGUUCUUUCCUUGUCAAGAGGAGUAUUCGAUGAGGUCGAUUAUGGAUGAGUUGGAGGGGAAGGCGGCGGCUGAUGCUUGUAAAAUGGAGCCGGUUCAGUGUACUCAAGUCCCGGGUUUUAGUGUGGGGAGUGGCGUGGAGAGAAAGAGUAAAACCAAGAAAGUGGAUGGGCAGCCGUCGAAGAAUUUAAUGGCGGAAAGAAGGCGAAGGAAGCGGCUUAAUGACCGGCUUUCUAUGCUUAGAUCUGUUGUUCCUAAGAUAAGCAAGAUGGAUAGGACAUCAAUACUAGGAGAUACUAUAGACUACAUGAAUGAACUUCUGGAAAGGAUUAGAAAAUUGCAAGAAGAAAACGGUUUUGGCUCUAAUGAUCAUCAGGGCGAGCUCAGCUUAACAAGCAUCAUUAAUGAUGUCAAGCCUAAUGAAGCUCUUGUCAGAAAUUCUCCCAAAUUUAAUGUGGAAAGGAGGAACAUGGACACUCAAAUUGAAAUGUGCUGUGCUAAUAAGCCAGGUUUGCUGUUAUCAACUGUGACCACAUUAGAAGCACUAGGUCUUGAGAUUCAACAGUGUGUUGUCAGCUGUUUCAGUGACUUUGGCAUGCAUGCUUCUUGCUCAGAGCCAGAGGGUGAUAUACAGGAAGAGCCAACAAGAAAUCUGAGUUCAGAAGAUAUAAAGCAAGCAUUAUUCAGAAAUGCAGGAUAUGGUGGAAGGUGCUUGUAGAAGAUGUAUUAUUAAUAUUCUUUUUUGACCAUGGGAAUGGAAUGAUGAGACUUGGAAGGGAAUAAAAAGCCAACUGAAUAAGCUAGUGAUUAAAGUUCAUGUAUGGGAUAAUUAUUCUUAAUUACCAUUAUUACUUUUCUAGAAAAUUGAUCUGUAUACUGUUUAGGAGCUGUAAAAGUGAGGUUGCUAUGGCCUUCUAAUUGAUCUUGUCAUGGAAAAGACUCACCUUUUCUGAAUAAAAAUCAGUUGUAUGUUUUGACGAUAUAAUAUUAUAAUGACAUCAUAUGCUGCAACUAUUUUUAAUUUUA